UGCCCUUAUUUGCUUCCGUCUACUAGUAUCGGAGACUCCAUUGAAGCGUUCCUAGAAGAAAUAAAAAAUCCCAAUUUUGAAUUGAAAACCCUAGAUCUGAUCAGAUUGUAGUCUAUGUGUGUUGUCAAUUUGUGAAUUGGAGCAACCCCUUGAUCGGUUUCAGAGAUGCCGGUGGCUGCUUCCGCCAUCUACUUUUUAAAUCUCCGUGGUGAUGUUCUCAUCAAUCGUCUCUAUCGUGAUGAUGUUGGGGGAAAUAUGGUGGAUGCCUUUAGAAUGCACAUAAUGCAAACAAAGGAACUAGGCACAUGUCCUGUGCGGCAGAUUGGAGGUUGCUCUUUCUUCUAUAUGAGAAUUAGCAAUGUUUACAUUGUGAUUGUUGUCAGCAGCAAUGCCAAUGUCGCAUGCGCGUUCAAGUUUGUUGUUGAGGCCGUUUCUUUAUUCAAAUCUUACUUUGGGGGUGCUUUCGAUGAGGAUGCCAUCCGCAAUAACUUUGUUUUGAUAUACGAGUUGUUGGACGAAAUUAUGGACUUCGGUUAUCCACAAAAUCUUUCCCCUGAAAUAUUGAAGCUUUACAUUACUCAGGAAGGUGUACGGUCACCAUUCUCAUCCAAGCCUACAGAUAAGCCUGUUCCCAAUGCAACUUUACAAGUAACUGGUGCUGUUGGCUGGCGUAGAGAGGGUCUUGUUUAUAAAAAGAAUGAGGUGUUUCUGGAUAUUGUGGAAAGUGUUAAUCUUCUUAUGUCUUCAAAAGGUAGUGUACUACGUUGUGACGUAACUGGAAAAGUUCUUAUGAAAUGUUUCCUUUCGGGAAUGCCUGAUUUGAAGUUGGGAUUAAAUGACAAAAUUGGACUUGAGAAAGAGUCUCAACUUAAGUCACGGCCUACUAAGAGUGGCAAAAGUAUUGAGCUCGAUGAUGUUACUUUCCAUCAAUGUGUAAACUUGACCAGGUUUAAUUCAGAGAAGACUGUGAGCUUUGUGCCCCCGGAUGGUGAAUUCGAACUGAUGAAGUAUCGGAUCACUGAGGGUGUAACUCUUCCAUUCCGGGUAUUGCCUACCAUCAAAGAAUUGGGGAGGACACGCAUGGAAGUAAAUGUUAAGGUCAAGAGUGUCUUCGGUGCAAAAAUGUUUGCACUUGGAGUUGUAAUUAAGAUUCCGGUACCGAAACAAACAGCCAAAACAAAUUUUCAAGUGACAUCAGGCCGUGCAAAGUAUAAUGCUUCUAUUGACUGCUUGGUGUGGAAGAUAAGGAAGUUUCCGGGACAAACUGAGCCAACAUUGAGUGCAGAAGUGGAGUUGAUUUCAACGAUUGCAGAAAAGAAGUCAUGGACUAGGCCACCAAUACAGAUGGAAUUUCAGGUUCCUAUGUUUACGGCAUCUGGAUUACGAGUCAGAUUUCUGAAGGUAUGGGAGAAGAGUGGUUACAAUACUGUGGAGUGGGUUAGGUAUAUUACCAAAGCCGGUUCAUACGAGAUCAGAUGCUAGAUAUAGUGACGUGAUAAUACGUUUGGAUGUCGUGAACCUAUUGGAGUCGGGAUACAUAGUCGAGCUUGUUUAUUCUGACCACUCCAUCGUGAUGAAGAAGUCAUCUCGAUCGUAUAACGUCAGGUACAUUUUGUUUUUAAAAUUAUGUUUGGGAUUACAGAACAAUCGAUUCCAUUCAAAAUUCGUGUUGUAAAGGCGUGUUCUCUGUUAGGAGCAUGAGGUCCCCCCCCUCCUUUCUUUAAAUGCAGUUUGUAUGGGUUGCGAUGAAUACGGAUCGAGUGAUGUAUUAUACGACUAUAGUAUGUCUUGCACAGUGUUUGUGUAAUUUCGGGAGGGAGGAUAAUUGGUUUUGUAUGAUCAUUGGUUUGAUGUUUGUAGUUUAUAAAUUUUGUUUUCAUUAUUGCU